AAGACGGCCAUUGCUGGCACCACGACAGAUCACCAUGCAGAAAGUCAUUCAGAGAACGGCGCAGGCCCGAAACCAGGCCACGCGCAAGGCUAUUCGUGCGGCCAAGAUCACAGAACGCGAAGAAUACAAAGACACGCUCCGCCAGCGGUUCGCCUACAAGCGCCUGGAGCUCGACAAUCUCCGCGAGGAGAGACUCCGUCGCCGUGAAGACUGGAUGCGUGGACCGUUGGCCCCUCAGCGUGAUGCUGCUCUUUCAGGAAGUAAAUUUGGAGCCCUGACUCCGCAGGCAUUGAACCCUCCGACCAUUCCCAAGCAUCUGCGGAGAAAAUACAUCAACAUCGCGCCGGGUGAUCGGGUGUGUAUGAUGAAGGGCAGGGACAAGGGCAAGAUCAACGAGGUCAUCAAGGUAGACCCUAACAAUGAGACGGUCAUAGUUAAGGACUUGAAUAUGGCCGAUAUCUAUUUCCCGGAGUGGUUGACCGAACAGUAUGGAGAAAAAUCGCCCUUCCAGACUGUCAACAUUCCCAUCUCGUUGGACGAUGUUUGCCUCGUUGUCGCCCUCGAUGACCCGACUACCGGCCAAACGCGAGAUGUCUUGGUGGAGCAUGUCUACGGUGGAGGGCCCAUUCUCGAACGCGGAUAUGGAGUCGAGACCCCUAAACACACUAGAUAUAUCGCUGGUGAAAACAUUGAGAUUCCCUGGCCAAAGGCUGAGCCUCCAGCGCCGAAAGAUGAAGACUGGGAUACCCUCCGCAUGGAAGUCGAGACGCCUACUUGGUUGCCGUCGCUUCAGUACGCGCCAUUCCCCGCCUCAGUCAUCAACGAGCUUCGAAACCCAUACUCGAAAUACCGAACCAGGCACGAUCCUGAGUGGGUCGAGAAAAAGAAGAUGGAAGACUACAAGCGCGAAUACCUCGAGAAGCAGUCUCUAUGGACUCCUGGGGCUGAAGUACGGCAGCGGAUUUUACAGAGCGCUGAGCGGAAUCGGCAGAAGCGCCUGGAUGCUGAUGGGAACUACAAACUGAGCUCCGAGACGCGUGGAUUCAUUGAAAAUUUUAUGAGCAAAAACUCGAAGGCCGCGAAGAAGGCCUAAUCGCCUGUUCGAAAUAAUCGAUUGUUGGUCAUUGACGAGAGCAUGGUGGCUGUUUAUGGUGAUCCGUUUUUUUCCUCCCCUUUCUGCGACUUUUCUCUAUUAUUCACAAUGGGGUGUGUAUACAAUAGUACCGCUUGUAGCAUAGAAUUUGACUUGUAUUGAAGUCUCGUGGACGGGAUGUUAAUAGCAGUUUCGGUGGUAAUGACCUACUAUUUCUCGG